UUGGUUAUUUCUUCAAAAAUGAAUCCUCAAUGUCUGUACUGAUACUUGCAUGGAUAACAUCAAGCAAUCCAAAUUUUGCUUUCUGCUGCAAAUUUCCUUGACCAGUUGUGGAUCAUAGAGUACAGAAAACAUAGACAACUGAAAAUCCUAGUGUGUCUGAAAUGGCUGUACUGAAUGCGAAAACGGACUACCUAAGGAAGAUAAUAGUGCAGGGAAGUUCCUCCAAAUCCACUGAAGUUGGAGAAAUUAUGACCAAUGAGAACAAGCAAGUCACAGUGACCUCUGAUACAAACAUUAUGCAAGCGAUGCAAUUGAUGACAGACAAACGCAUUCGGCAUGUGCCAGUAAUAGAUGCAAAGGUGGUGGGAUUGAUCUCGAUUGUGGAAGCUGUUAGAACAGUGGUAGAGCAGCAGCAUGAGGAGGUGAAGCAUUUGAAUGAGUUAAUCAGAGGGGAUUACUACUAG